UAGAAGAAGAAACUCCUCACUCUUCAAAACAAUACUAGAAGUUCCUCUCGUCUGGCGCCCUGUCCUCACGAAGAUGUCUCUAAACAAUCCUGACAAAGCUGAGCAGGGGUCAAGUAGCAAAAAAAACAUAUCGCUGCCGAUUUCCCGAGUGAGGCUGAUCAUGAAGAGCUCCCCUAACGUGUCCAGCAUCAACCAGGACGCUCUGUUUCUCACCACCAAGGCGACAGAGCUGUUUGUUCAGCACCUGGCUCUGUCUGCGUUCAGCAACGGCCCCGGCAGGGAAACGAGCACGCUGUCCUACAGCGACCUGGCGAACGCGGCGGAGGAGACGGAGACCUUCCACUUCCUCACAGAUAUCCUGCCUAAGAAGAUCUUGGCCCGAGAUUAUUUCAAGUCUUUGCAGCAAAUGCAAGAAGAGGAUGCCGAUUGUUAAAAAGACCCAUUUUACAUCUCAGCCCUUCGUAACUGUACACAUCCUGCUGCUCACUGACGCUGGUGAAGAGACACAACUUUCUCAGUGCUUUUACAUUGAUACAGUUCAGCUGUAUAGAUCUUGAUGCACAUCUUGAUGAGCUCUGACGAAGACUCCAGCAUCAGCUUUAAAGACAACAACGCUGUCUUAGAACAAUGCAGAAGUUGUGUCAUAUAACUAUGAAAAAAAAUUGAUGCCAGGAAAUUUAUUUUUUAAAAGAUUACAUUUUGAACAUUUCAAUUCUGAAUUAUUUUUCAUGGCCCAUAGGUUGAGACCACCCUUGACAAUUUAUUUUGCAUUUACAUUGUCACCAAUUUAUCCUUGUUGUACAUUUGCAACUAUCAGGAUAGGUCGGUCUUUAUAAGAGCCUGUCUGUAACAGACCAAGACAUAAUCCAUUCCACGCAGGAGAAGCACAGACCACAGCAGUCUCAGGUACUCAAUUAUUACCGCCAAAAUUAUUAGGUGAACACUUUAUUUCAGAUAUGCAGGUUUCAAAGUGAAAUUUAUAUUUGAUAUUACUGAUUCUAAGUUAUCAAUUGUACUGUAGUUUUUAACAAAAAUGUUGCUUCAGUUUGGAGUGGAAAUACUUGAAAGUUAACAACUGUUUUCUUACUACAAAAAAAAAGAAUAUUCUUUAUUUUUCCAAAUCAGAAUUCAAUCUGUCUAACGUGUGAAUAUUGAAGUGUAUAAUAACAACCAGCCACCUUACCAAGCUUCUUUGUUGAGCAUUUACAGGUGGAUUAAAAUUUAAUAUUACAAUAAAGAUUUGUGCUGUGUUUGUCAA